AUGCCUACCACUUCUACUCUACAACAUAUAUUUGGGCGUCAAACGCUUAUUCUUACGAGACGUUGGGAGAAAUUUGCACAGAGACAGGCGACGACGUUCGAACGAUUGACCUUCCUCCACCGUUGCCGCGAUCAUGGCGUGUUACCGAAGUCUCUUCGUUUCAAACCAACGCUGUCGAAUGAGACUUGGAGAUCCCUUGAGUACAAAUACGGAUGGCGCGUUCUGGGGGCUAUAAUAUCUGACGUCCACAAUAGACUUCGCAGAUUCGAAACCACUCUUGCUGACCUUAAAAAUCAGUGUGCUUCAGCCUUACCUGAAAAUGUACUCGAGGAGGUGCAACAGCGAAUCAAUGUCACAGCCAAGGAUGCGAGAUUGAAGAAGAGAGUUGACCUCCAGAUGAAACUCCAGUCUCUGCUCCGCCCCAUGAAUGAAAGAGGUAUGGCCACGAGAGUUGUUAACCUCUCGCAAAGGAAUCUCCUACCGGCUGAAAUCAACCUCCUGUCUAAGGGAAUAGGAUUUAAUCCCACGGAUGCUACACCUACCAACUUUCUAGCUGGUCUCGAAUCCAUUCUACUGACCUCUGUCCUGCCUGAAGACAAGCGCGCGGACAUACGCAGCUGUGCCACUGGUAUCCUCCGGCAAAAAAGACACCAGCAAACUCUACCGGCCGAAGAAGCGCAAGGAUUGCGAGCACUGAAAUCGGACCACAGCAUCGUUGUUGUUCCUGCCGACAAAGGUGGCGCUACCGUCAUCAUGGACAAAACUGACUACGUCAACAAGGCGAAUAUAAUCUUCAGUGACACGGAUUCUUACACCAUUCUCACCGAAGACCCAACGAAAAAGCAAGCCGCAGCCAUCAAGAAAAAGGUUAAUGAGCUUGCUCGUCUGAAAGUCAUAAGUCCAGAUGACUCAAAGUUUAUGACCCUCAGUGAUCCCCAUGUCGCACACGCAUACGGUCUCCCAAAGGUUCACAAAGUUGGUGCCCCACUGAGGAUUAUAGUACCGCUCAUCGGAUCCCCUACCUACAAUUUAGCCAAGUGGCUGUACAAGCAUCUGAAGCCGCUAACUCACGGAUCUCGCUACAGCAUUAACAGCUCCCACGAAUUCCUCAACCGGAUUGACGGCCUCAAUGUAAGCACUGAUGAAUGCUUCUUGUCUUUUGACGUCGUUGCCUUAUUUUCUUCUAUACCGCACGACUUGGCAAUUGACUGCGUAGCCCAACGGCUACAGGACAAUCCUGAUGGUAUCCCAGCGCACCACGUUAUAGAACUGCUCCAACUGUGCCUUAAGAACUAUUGUAAGUUCGACAAUAAGUACUACCAACAGGUGAAGGGAAGUCCAAUGGGCUCCCCAAUAUCCGGUCUACUCGCCGAACUAGUGCUACAGCGACUAGAACAUGAGGUUUUUCAAACUCUCAACCCCAAAAUGUGGCUCCGCUAUGUAGACGACACCUUUGUCGUAAUAAAGAACCGCGACGUCGAAAGGCUACAUCAGAGGCUGAAUGAAGUCUUUCCGGCCAUACAAUUUACCCUCGAAGAGGCAGUAGGAGACAGUCUGUCGUUUCUGGACGUGAAAAUACAAAGGCUGGAUGACGGUAACCUCGCAACCAGCGUCCAUAGAAAAGGGUCUGAUUCUGAGAUCAUCCUCAAUUAUGGAAGCAAUCACCCUGCGGCUCACAAAAGAAGCUGCGUCCGAACCCUCUUCCACCGGGCCUACCGGUAUUGCAGCAAUGAAGAUCUGCUGAAGAAAGAACUAGGCUUUCUAUAUCGGCUAUUUCGAUCUAACGGAUACCCAGUCAGUUUCGUGAAGAACUGCCUCAGACGUCAGGCACAACCUCGAGACCCCUCCUCAGAUGGAGUAACCGUGACGCGGAAAUUCUUCUCCCUGCCCUAUAUGCAGGGGACCUCAGAAAUGAUCGCCCGUCAGUUAAGUCAGUUCGGUAUUCACGUUUCCCACAAGCCUGCAUCCUCGCUGCGCACAGUCUUAACUCGAGUAAAGGAUUCUAUCCCCAAAGAGGAACAGACUAACGUCAUUCAUCGCAUCCCGUGUGCCAAUUGUCCCUGCGUAUAUGUUGGUCAUACAGGACGACGCCUGGGAACUCGUAUUAAUGAACACAAACUAGCUGUCCGUCGCCGUGAUCCAUUGUCCCUCGUCUUUGCACACGCACUCCAGUGCGACCACCGUUUUAAUUGGGAUAACACAGAGGUCAUCGCCACGGCCAACACAAAACGGGCGAGAGAAUUCCUAGAGGCAUGGCACUCUAACGCGGAUAGCAUCAACCGCCAUGUUGACCUAGACGUCCAUUAUGAGGGCCUAAGAUCACGCCUCACUAAGCCGAGCCCCACGCCGCAUCAGCAGCCGCUAAUCCAGGCGCCCGCAGUUCUGCCAACCUACCAUUCUCCCUCCCCUCCAACACGGCAGCCGUAA